AUGCUCAUCUCACAAAACGCAAGAAACGUAGUACUAUUGUAUAACAAAAGACUAAUAACAAGUUCAAUCGUGAUACGAAGGAAUAAUAAUGUUGCAGCACAAAGUAGUGGCUUCAAGUUGAAGUUUAUACCUCAGCCACCCACAUUUGGAAACAAGUCAAGCCCAAGGAAGUUAAAAUUUAUACCAAAUACCGUCAAGACAGAACCCCCCUCCGUGAAUCCAGUAAGGCAGGUUAAAUGGUCAACUCAUGCGAUGCCAUCGAAAGAAGCACUGCUCAAGCAAACUGAAGUUGCACAGGCUAAAAAAAAGGAACAUGAAAAAGUCGUUAACGAUGCGAUUAAAGAGAGCACUACUUCUAAAGCUCCUCGUAAGGGGCGCAGGGUGUUGAGACCCAAAAUACCACUAAUCACUUUAUCUUCAAAUGCCAUCAAACAUUUGAAGAAAUUGCUGAACGAACCAGAUCCAAAGUUAAUCAGAAUAGGCACUAAGAACCGUGGAUGUUCUGGGACCACAUACCAUUUGGAAUACGUUACAAAACCGGAGAAAUUUGAUGAAAUCAUUGAACAAGACGGUAUCAAAAUAGUCAUUGAUUCAAAAGCAUUAUUCAGUGUUAUUGGCAGCGAGAUGGAUUGGCUUGACGACAAACUAUCUUCAAAGUUUAUUUUCAGGAACCCAAAUGCUAAGGGUACAUGCGGUUGCGGUGAAAGUUUUAUGCUUUGA